AUGCGAAGACACACUGCAAACGCGCGCUUGCAGGAGGCGGCCGCCUCCGCCUUGAGUUCUGCAGCGUCCUGGCCAGCCAUGCAAGCAGCUGCAACCAACAACGGUGCUACGGAGGAGAUUGUCUCGGCGAUGCGCCGAUUUCCUACCGACCCGGAAUGCCGCAAUCCGGUGCACUUUGGCAUUUGCAGACAAGCUUGGAUUGAGAAUGGCCAGAAGCAAGGCCGUGGAUUGAAAGCGCUUUUCAACAGGUGCUUGCUGCUCUGGUGGCUUGAUGGUGCUCUGAGGGUAGCCGCUGUGGGAUAUGGUGAUGCUACCGUGGCAGAGCCUGCCGCGCGAACGCGGUCACUGCUGAGCCUUCAUCACCUCACGUCGAAGCGACAGAUGCCAAGCGACAUAACUGACCUUUCGAGCACGGCAGGGACCCGCCUGGCAGUCAGCGAAUCCAAACUGUGCGCUUUGGCAGGUGAUACCCAGCUUCUCGUCGACUCGUACGGAAGCGCUGACUGCAAUGCGUCUGCUGCGCCUGCGGCAGCCAAGGCCGUCCGAAUGCAGCCAAACAUCCGCGAGGGGCAUAUCACUAUUGACCUGGAGCGAUCGGAGCAGGAGAUCCAUGUCCUGGAAGAUGCCAUCCACUACAAGAGCAACCUGGACAUAGACUGGGACGGGCGUCUGGUCCAGAUGGGCGAAGCCAGAGAUCAGAUCACCGUGUCCUUCGGGACCGGAGAGGUGAUGGGCGUUUUUCUGGAAGACUUGCUUUGCCUGGGCCAUGGCCAUAGCCACCUGGGUGGGUCCGGAGUUGGCACAGGCCCCGUGGGCGACUCGGGCGAAGGCCAAGGGAAUUGCCUGCGCAUGCGCUUCAUCGCUGCCACUGACAUGUCUCCAGACCCUUUUGCCGACUUUGUCUUUGAUGGCGUCUUGGGUCUCGGCUUGGAAAGCCUGUCGCAAUCACCGGCCUUUAACUUCCUGCAUGUUGCAUCUGCUCUGACAGCUGAGCGCGGCAGUGGUUUCAGCAAGACUUUCGGAAUCUUCCUGGCAAGUCAUGAUGGGGAAACCAGCCAAAUCACCCUGGGUGGCUGGGCGGAAGAACAUGUGAGUGGAGAGGUAACUUGGAGCCCCGUCCUGCAGCCAGAGUUGGGGCGUUGGCUUUUGGAGAUCAAAGGCUUGUGGGUGGAUGGCCAGGAGAUGCCUUUCUGCAAGGAAGGCUGCAAAGCCGUCGUCGAUUCUGGCACGUCAGUUCUGUCCGUUCCCAGCCCUUUGUUCAGUGACCUCUAUCAGAAGUUGUCUGCUCCGGCUCGAGACGGUAGCUGCUCCGAAGGUCCACAACUUCAGAUGGAAUUGGAUGGUUCGAAUUUGAACCUGAGUGUUGGCGAUUUUAGCCGCCUGGACAAAGAGUCACCCUCAGCCCAAGAUGCCCAAGCUACCUGCAGGCCCAUGUUAAUGGUCAUGGACUUGCCAGAGCCUUUGGGACCCAAGCUUUUCGUCCUGGGCGAGCCCAUCCUGAAAAUGUUCUACACCAUCUACGAUGCGGAGGCGUUCAGCGGUGAUCUGAUGCGACAUUGCACCUGGCAAGUGUUGACUCUGGAUGGCCACGAAGCAAGCGAGCAGUCACGCGCUCUUUCGUUUGACCAAGGUCUGGCUGCAAAUCAUCCGCUGAACCAGUCUGCCCUGCUCGGCUGUCGUUCCAUUGAGGUGAUCGUUUCUGCCAUGGACGCCUUCGUCCACCAUGCUCGGCUGCAGACCAUGGCCUGCGGAGCCCUUGGGAAUCUCGCGGCAAACAGCCCGAACAACCAGGACCACGGGGCCACCAGCGAUCCAUCGAUUUAUUUGUCCGCCGAUUUCGCGCCGGAGAAGCUGGGAGGACCCCAGGUGUCGAACGAGGAUCAGCCCGUACAAAAGAUGUCUUCUAGGCAGAGGCGCCACAUGCGCUGGAAGAACGCAGAAGUUAACAGCAAUUUUAUGUCAAAAUCGCAGAUCGGCAAGAUCAUGUCUGAGGCAAGUUGGUCAGAGCGCAUGGUGCGGAGUAAGUGCUUCGAGUGGUUCAGUGGCUCCUUGAUCCUGCUCAACUGCAUUUUUAUUGGCUGGCAUACACAGAUGAUGGCUUCGAGAGCUAUUGAGAACACGAUUCAGAACAUGGAUCCACAUGUGAAGCUUGGCUCAGAGAGAGCUCAUGACUGCGUUUCUACUAGCGGUCGUCCGAAUUUGUGUUGA